AUGUCUGACUGGGAUAACGUUACAAUCAUUGGACAAAAAGCCAGAGUCGGUGGCGGUGGUCCAAGACAACAGGUUGCCCGUACUGCUGGUCAAUUGAACGCAGCCAGAAGAACCGGUGCUGUUGUCGGUACCGAAAAGAAGUACGGUACUUCCAACACCAAGUCCAACCCAGAAGGCCAAAGAUUGGCCAAGUUGGACGACACUGACGACGUGGUUCAGGUCAAGAAGCUUGACGUGAACGUCGGUAAGGCAAUCCAACAAGCCAGACAAGAAAAGAAGUUUACUCAAAAAGACUUGGCCACCAAGGUCAACGAGAAGCCAAACGUCAUUAACGAUUACGAAGCCGGUAGAGCCAUUCCUAACCAACAACUCUUAGCCAAGUUAGAGAGAGCUUUGGGUGUGAAGUUGAGAGGUAAGAACAUCGGUGAACCUUUGUUCAAGAAGAAGGAUUAA